ACACGCUCCAUUCGUCUAAUAUUCAGUGAGAAGGAAGCGGGAAUAGUCGACGAUCUACGCCCUUAUCUAUUUUGGAGCUCUGAUUCGUGCGUGCAUGUUCGAUUCCUGGAAGAGAAAAAAUGCUUUUCCAUUGGAAGCGAUCGAGCGUGCGACGUUUCGUUACCAGCGCCACACCUGGCUGCUAACCACGCCACGAUUGUACGAAAUAUCUGCAGAGGAUCAAUUCAAUUUUCUAUAAAACCUAUUUUUUCAAGGCACGUAGGCGUAAUUCUGAGGGCACAUGUAUUCGUUAAUGGUAUUCAAGUUUCUAAGAAAGGCACGAGAACUCUUACAAGUGGAGAUAUACUAACUGUUUCCAAAGAUCCGCAAGCUGUGAAGUUUCGAUUUAAUAGUGGGGACGGUGCUCGCGCACGCACGGCUGCUUCCUCUUCACCGAAAUCAUCUUCGGCUCGCAACAUAUCGCAGUUCAGCCAAACCCAAGAUACACCAAGUCCGGACGCGAACGCGGCAACAAAAGCUACUACCCAAAAACAACAGGUAUUUUUUUUCAAACAGUAA